ACUACCGGUCUCUCACCUAUAUCUUAAGUCCACGUAAAAAAAUUAAUUUUUAACCAAAGCUAUUAAAACAUAUUUAAACUUUUAGAUGCACUGUAUAAGUUAACAAUAUUGAAAGUUGUAUUAGGAUGAACAGUAUUUUGUUAUUAUUUUUAUUACCAAUAUCUUUUGGCUUGGAUUUUAUUCCUCCGCCAUUACACGCACCUAGUAAUCCUGAAGAUCAUGCUCCUUGUAAAAGUUGUCGUACAAUGGUCGAGUCAUUUGAAAAGGGUUUAAAAAAAACACAAACUGGCAAAUAUGGAGGAGGCAAUACAGCAUGGGAAGAAGAAAAUUUACAAACAUAUCAUAGAAGUGAACUUCGUUUUGUUGAAAUUCAUGACACUAUGUGUCAUGAAGUUAUACCUGGAGCCUUACAAGAUAAUUGUUUUCACUUAGCUGAAGAAUAUGAACAUUUACUCAAAGUGUGGUUUAACAAAAAUAAUAAACCAGAAGAUUCUGAUAAAAAAAACUUAUUUAAUUGGCUAUGUAUAAAUGAAUUAAAAGUGUGUUGUGAAACUGGAUAUUAUGGACCUGAAUGUAAACCUUGUAAAGGGUUAGAUAUCUCAAAAAGUGAUGAAUCUAUUACUAUUUGUAACAAUCAUGGAACCUGUAAAGGUGAUGGAACUCGUAAAGGUGAUGGGAGUUGUAAGUGUUGGAAAGGAUAUCUUGGUGAAUUCUGUAAUCAAUGUGAAGUUGGUUUUUAUGAAGAAAAAAUGGAAAAUGGUAGUAUAUCUUGUAUUUCUUGUGAUAAAGCUUGUGGACCAAGUGGUUGUUCAGGCCCAGGAUCAAAAAAUUGUAAAGAUUGUAACAAAGGAUGGGUUUAUCUUGGAGAAGAUCAUGGCUGCUCUGACAUCAAUGAAUGUUUAGAAGAACAAGAUAUUACUGAAAAUGGUGUUAAAAGUGUUUGUGCCAGCAACGAGUUUUGUGUAAAUACUGAUGGUUCAUAUUCUUGCUUAAAGUGUGAUCCAGCUUGUAGAGGUUGUUCUGGAGAUGGUGCUGAUAUGUGUCAUGGUUGUGCAGAAGGUUAUAGAUAUGAUAGUAACGAGAAAAAAUGCAUAGCGAGGGGAGGAAGCUGGAACUCUAGUGAUGCAGUAAGACGUUAUCUAACCUAUGUCGGUCUUGGAAUUGCUACUUGCAUAAUAUUCAAAAUGGAUACCACUAUUGCUAGUAUUUUAGGAGCUGUAAUUGGUAUAUAUAUAUCAUGUGCUGAAUAUUACAUGCACGGUAAAGAAAAUAUGCAAAAUUAUUGAAUUUCUUUUAUAAAUAUAUGUUCAUAGUGAUUUUAUAUUGUAUUCCAUUUUGUAAUAUUAUUUAUUCUUAUAAAUUACUCAUCUGUGUAUUCAAGUUUUAAGGCUGAACUCUGUGUGUAUAUUUUUUAUCCUUAAUUGUUUUUUUUUUUUGUUUAAAUAUCACUAAUACAUUUAAAAAUAACAAAAAUCAAAUCUUGUUAUAUUAUUUUUAAGAAUUUAAUUAUCUUUAUACAGAGUCUUAAAAUGUUGACUAAUUAAAAAAAAUCAAAAAAUUA